AUGACACAGACUAAGACAACCCACGUUCGAGUCGCCGUGACUCAGGCAGAGCCGGUCUGGCUUGACUUGGAAGCGACCGUGCAAAAGACUUGCGCGCUCAUCACAGAAGCAGCCGAGAAUGGCGCGGAGGUGAUUUCGUUCCCCGAGUGCUGGAUUCCUGGUUAUCCUGCGUGGAUAUGGUCACGCCCGGUCGACCCGCAGCUGCACUCCGAGUACAUUCUCAACUCUCUGCAGGUAGACUCUCCCCAGAUGGCCCGGAUCCAAAAGUGCGCCCUGGACAGCAAAAUCGUCGUGAUUCUAGGCUUUGCCGAGAACCGCCAUCACUCACUCUACAUCUCGCAAGCCAUCAUCGACUCGAACAGUACGAUCGUCACCACCCGCUCCAAGAUCAAAGCCACUCAUAUGGAGAGAACCGUGUUUGGAGACGCAUCGGCCGAGUGUCUGGACAGUGUGGCGGAUACCGCGGUUGCUCGGAUCGGCGCAUUGUCCUGCUGGGAGCAUACGCAGCCAUUACUCAAGUACCACACUUAUUCGCAGAGAGAACAGAUUCAUGUGGCGGCGUGGCCUCCGUUGUUCGAUCAUACCGGGGGUGAGGAGCUUUGGUCCAUGUCUCGACAAGUAAUUGCAGGAACUCAAGCCAUCGCCAGCACCUACGCCAUCGAAUCCCAGACGUUCGUACUCCACACCACAGCCGUCAUCAGUCAAGCUGGGAUCGACCGCAUGCAGACCCUCCCAGGAUGUAUCAUGGGCUCACCGGGCGGUGGAAGCUCCGCCAUCUUCGGCCCAGAUGGGCGCAAGAUCUCGACAGAUCUGCCCGAGACCGAGGAAGGAAUCAUCUAUGCGACGCUGGAUCUGAACGAGGUGCUCAAGUCGAGGGCAUUUAUCGAUGUCUGUGGGCAUUAUAGUAGACCGGACCUUUUGUGGCUCGGGGUGGACAAGAAUGUGAAGAAGCCGGUACGGGAGCAGUGA